AGUCAUGGAACAUUCAUCAUCUUCUUUACUUUCUGAAGAAAACCCAAAUAUUUGGGUCUCACGUAUGAUAGACAUUUAUGAAACUGAAACUGGGGGGAGGGGCAUCCUGUCUCCAGAUAAUAUCACUUUACUCAAAUCAGUCCUGAUGGAGGGGAAUCUUGAAGACGCAGUAGCUAUAACAAAUGAGCUAAUUGAAAGAAUUGAAAAUGCCCAUCUGAACAUCGCACUAACAGGGGAGUCAGGCUCAGGGAAGUCCUCUUUCAUCAAUGCCUUCCGGGGGAUUGGGCAUGAAGAUGGUGAUGCUGCUAGCACUGGGGUCGUGGAGACAACAAGAAACAUUUCUUCUUAUGAACACCCUAAGUUUCCCAAUGUAACGUUUUGGGACCUGCCAGGCAUUGGGACCCCUAAUUUCCAACCAAAGAGUUAUCUAAAACAAGUGAACUUCAGUGACUAUGAUUUCUUCUUCAUCAUUUCCUCAUCGAGAUUUCGAGACAAUGAUGCAAAACUUGCUCAGGAGAUCAGACAGAUGGGGAAGAAGUUUUACUUUGUUAGAACCAAGGUAGACAGUGAUUUGAAAAAUGAAAGGAAGGCUAAGCCCAAGUCCUUCAACAGGGAGAAUGUUCUGCAGCAGAUACGAAAGAACUGCUCACAACAUCUUCAGAAA